AGGUAGAAUUUCCUUUUAGCCAACUUAACUAGACCUACGCCUCCCCUCUGCGAGCAACAAAUUUAAGCGUAAAGAGGAACGUUCGUAAGAAUUGCAACGGUUCUUUAUAAAAUUGCGUUAAACGUGAAAUACCGUGCGAGUUUUCAUAUAAGUGUAGAACGGGGUAUGCGCCGCUUGUGACAUAAGAACGGUUUUAUAUUUGAAAUUUUAUUUUUUUAAGUUCUUUUUCAUAGUGAUUUGUGUAACCUGCCAGUGUUUUUAAUGAAGUUGCCUUUUGGAAUUGUUGGUUGAAUGAUUCGUUGCCAUGAGCCUGUCAAACAGCCGCAACCAAUUCUUGGCGUUCGAGUCCCACAACCAAGACAACAUUCAAUAUGAGAGAAAAGGAGGCAUGUUCGUCACCACUUGUGUCUGCGUCUCUUUCAUCCUCUGUGCGGUCCUGGUGGCGACCCUAGUCGGCGUAAUAGUGUACUUUAUUACAUACUUUAAGUUGUCACAAUCAGUCAGUACCAAUGACUUCUGGAACGAAGCUGAACCCUUCGGUCACAACGGCCCACCGUCUCCCGAUCUCCGCCUACCCUCAGCCGUAGUCCCCAGCUUCUACCGCUUAAAACUGAGAACGGACCUCGAUAACUCAAACUUUAAAGGAGAAGUCUACAUAACAAUAAAAGCUAAAAACAAUGUCAAGGAAAUCAUCCUUCACUCAAAAGGUCUAAGUAUUAAUGAUAAAGCAAAGCUUACGGAACAAACUUAUGAGGAAAUUCAGACGUUACACAGGAAGAAACGGGAAGAACCAGCUAACAAGACAGUAUCGGAGAACCCUACUACUGCGAAUACUCUAAAUGUAACAAUAAAAGAAGUUGAGGCACAGAAACCUAAUGAAACUAUUGUACCAUCAAGCAAUGAACAUAAUGAAACAACACCCAUUAAAUUAAACACAAAUGUAACAAACGAAACUUCCAAUGACGCACCUGCAAAUGAAACCACAACACCAAAAGCGGAGAUUCCUAUUCCUAACAACACCAUUUACACUACAACUAACAUGAAUACCCAUGUGACUCACAGUAGUGCGAGGAAUAUACAGAUUUUGUCCAUCACCCAAGGCUCCGGAGACCAAUUGAUUAUAAAAUUGGCUUCAACAUUGAAACCUGAUGUGGAUUACAUAUUGGAGCUGAAUUUUGAAGGGAAGAUCUCAGAUGCAAUGACUGGCUUCUAUAAGAGCACCUAUACCAGCAGUGAUGGCCAAAUCAGGAGUCUAGGGGUGACACAAUUCGAGCCCACAUCAGCGCGUGCGGCGUUCCCGUGCUUCGACGAGCCGGCGUUUAAAGCCAUGUUCGAGAUCAGUAUAGCGCACCCGGGUAAUUUGACAGCCCUGUCGAAUAUGAAGGUUUCCUCUCAGGAAGAUAUCCCCGACUCACCAGGCUGGAGGUGGACGCACUUCGAGCGCUCCGUCAACAUGUCUACUUACCUCGUCGCCUACAUCGUGUCCGACUUCAAAUCCGUCGAGACCACCUACGUCAGCAAGGACAACAUAAGCAAGCCCAUCCGCGUCUGGACGCGUCCAGAACUGAUCAACAAGGCGAGCUACGCCCUCACCAUCACGCCGAAACUGUUAGAGUAUUACGAGGAGGUGUUUGGACUGCCCUAUGUGCUGGAUAAGCUGGAUCUGGUCGCUAUCCCGGAUUUCUCAAGCGGAGCUAUGGAGAACUGGGGACUCAUUACAUUCAGAGAAACCACGCUAUUGUUCGACCCCGCCGCUAGCGGUCCCCGCGACAAACAGAACGUCGCCAUUGACGUCGCUCACGAACUAGCGCACCAAUGGUUCGGCAACCUGGUCACCAUGAAGUGGUGGACCGACCUCUGGCUCAACGAGGGCUUCGCCACUUACAUCGAGUACGUCGGCGUUGACCAUAUUGAACCCGAAUGGAACAUGUUCGAGUCCUUCUCCAUCGACAAGAUGGACCUCCUCCGCUCGGACUCCCUCAAGAACACCUCCCCCGUCUCCAGAAAGGUCAUCGAUGCUUCCGAGAUCUCGCAGAAAUUCGACGAGAUCUCGUAUACGAAGGGGGCGAAUUUGAUUCGAAUGCUGAACCAUACAGUGUCAGAGGAGCUGUUUCAUAAAGGACUGCUGAUCUAUUUAAAUCAAUGGACUUACUCAAACGCGGAGGAGAACGACCUCUGGGCAGCGAUGUCAACGGCGGUCAAGUCGGUCUCGAACCUGGGACAGCUGUCGGUCGUGGACUUCAUGAACUCGUGGACCCGCCAGGCCGGAUAUCCGGUGGUUAAUGUCAACAGGAACUAUGAGAACGGCGAUGUCAUGUUUGAACAGAAACUAUUCACAAGCUCCGACGACCCCUACCAAGCCAUGAUCGACCAGCUCUGGCACAUCCCCAUCAGCUACACUUUACCCAGCCAAGGCAAUCAGUCGGCCAAGCCACAGUCAGCCAAGCCACAACUGUGGCUGAAGGAGCGCUCCGUCAUCGCCCACCUGCCCGUCGAUCGCACGCAAGCGCUCUAUGUCAAUGUUGAUGCUAUUGGCUACUACCGAGUGAACUACGACACCAAAAACUGGGAACUCCUAAGCGCAGCUCUGAAAUCCGGACACUUCAAAUCACCAAUCACGAAAGCCCAGCUCAUCGACGACGCGUUUAACUUGGCCAAGUUUUCACACAUGAACUAUAGCCAGGCGCUAGGGCUGACAACUUGCGUCAUUGAGGGCGAGGACUCGAAGGUUGUGUGGGAGUUGUUACUGAAUAAUAUGGGAUUUAUUAAGUAUAAUAUUAGGAGUACUUCCGGAUAUGUACAUUUUCAGGACUACAUGAAAAUCUUGCUCCAAAAGCAACUCGAACGCCUCAAUUUCGGCCUGAGUAAACCCAAGGAUGACAACGAAGCGUUCCUGAUAGAAAACCUCGUGAUGUGGGAGUGUGAGGUGGAGGCCCCUCGGUGCCUCAAGUGGGCCCAAGACGAGUUCACCAACUGGUCGACACAGGGAGACCUUAGUAACAACUCCAUACCUGUCUACCUGCGCUCGCUGGUGUACAACAUGGCGAUCAAGAAGGGCGGGCGGCGCGCCUUCGAGUUCUUCUGGGACGCCUUCCAAAACGCCACCGACCCUAACGUGAAAACACUCAUUAUUAACAACCUGCCCUCUACUAGGGAUCCGGCUUUGAUUACACUACUCCUGGAAAGAAGCCUAAACGACCUCCCCAAUCAAUACGCGUCCACAGUAUGGGGCGUCGAACCAACAGUAGGAACCAGGAUCGCCCAAGACUUCUUAAUGAAGAACUUCGACGCGAUCUACAACAAGUUCACCAGUAUGGACGAGUUCACAUUCCCUGGUAUACUGAACGGCGCCUUCGGAUUCAUUACUAGUGAAGAUGAACUUAAUAAGUUGAAAUCGUUCGCGCUGCAACACAAAGACAAGCUACUUCCAGUAUCCCAGACGCUCCAGAAGAUGAUGGAUACCGCAAAACUUAGAAUCGAGUGGAUGAAGCGACACGCUCCUACUGUCAACGCGUGGUUCAAGGACUAUGUCACUAAUCAUAAAAAGUCAUUAUCAGAAGCUCCGGUUACAACCACGCCGUCAACGACUACGGCCAGUACCGGAAAUGCGACACAAACAACCAUCGGUAACGAAAUUGGUACCGCGACCAGCAAUACCGAUAACAUAGAACAAAACGGUACAACUGUAGCGCCUGAAAUUAACGGUACCACUACCACAACUAGUCCAUAAAUCUAAUAUCAAUAAAAAAAUGAUAGGUAUCUAAUAAACGUCAAAUUCUCAUUCUGUCAAUAUUGACUUAAUAGUAUAAGUUAGACAGUUUGCUUGAUAUUUGACACUGUGUAGGAUAAGACGAUAUGAAGGUAACCUUAUUUUCUAAGAUUUUUCAUAAACAUCUAAAAAAAUUGGCUACGCAAAUAUGAGCUUACCGCGAAAUAAUGUAUUUUACAAACGACCAAACGACGAAUACUUACGAUACCGGUACAUUUUUUGGUAUCAAUAAAAAGUACCGGUAUAAAACCUGGUAUCAGUCUACCUAGAGUUUUAGGAUUCAAAAUUUGCUUUCUUUUCACAUGUUUUGGUGUUUCAAAACUUGAUUGUGCCAAUAUUAGUCGAUAAAUAUAUUCAUAUUAAUGUAAUUCUCUACAGAAACAUCACAAAUUAGUUAAUACCUAUCUAUAAAGAACAUACCAUCAUCAACUAACAUUUUCUGAGUAAAUAUUUAUGUCUAGUUUUUUUUAACCAAAACAAGAAAACUAACUUUUUGGACUUCUUGCCAAGUCAAACAUCACUUUAUUGGUAAAAUAGUACUUAUUAAAAAUAUUUAAAAUGUUUUUUCUACUAUUUAUAUUUGUUCAAAUUUUAAAUGUGUAUAUUUUGCAAGCGAUUGAUAAACGUAGGAAUAAAAAUGCUCUCUUAAAGAGAAAAUGUGUUUUAUUCUUUAAAAAAUGUAUUGUAUUAAUUAUUUUGAUUUUAUUUUUAAUGGCUUUUAAAACGAUAAUAAUAAAUAAUGUAAUCUCUUUUUUUAUGUACAAAAUAAAUAAAUAAUAGUAAUAUGAAAUUAGUCCCUGUAAGUAUUUUUGAUUUCAACAAAUUUUAUUAAAGUAAGUUAUAAUGUAAAAGAAAAAAAUGUAUAUCCACAUUUAAGUAUAAAUUAUAUAAAGCUUCGUAAUAUGGAUUAAUUUACUUUUUUUUUCAAACAAUAUUUAUAAUUAAGAAUCUCUUACUAUAUUUUAAAAUACAAUAUCUCUAUUUGUGUAACUCGCCUACCUAAGUGUAUUUUUUUAAAUUAAUAGUACAACCAACAACACUCUUGACUGUCCAUCGGUGGUCCUUAUGCCUUUUGUAAUAAGGUUUACCGAUACCUGGACAGUUAACAGUGUGGUGUGGGCGAUGGUACCUAGUGCCAAAUUUCAUCUGUGGCAAUUUUACCUUUGAACCAAUUAUGAAUUUUUCGGGUAAACACGUACCACAUUGUUUUUAAAUAGACGUUACUGCCAUAGACAACCGAGAAUGAGAUUUUGCCAUACGACAAUUUUGCCUGAAAGCGGCACUGUGGCGUUCUACGGGUAAAGGUACCUUAUGACGUAUGGCGACGUCGAGUAGUACCGCCUUGGUAUUGGACCGUCUUUAAUAAGCGUAAGCGCCGACCGACCGACCAUAAGGUACCUUUACCGUGGAACGUCACAUAAAGGCUUCUUUUCAUUUUAAGUACGGAAUGUAUCUACUCUAUAGAAGCUUCAAAUUUAUUUGAUUCCAGCACCUCUAGCACAUCUUGCAUCCGCGACUUAGACCGCGACUCGAGUCGCCAUUCCCGCGGCUGUCAAAUCUGUCGAUUUCCGUAGCAUAACUUGUACCCGCGACUGCAACAGCCGCGUAGAGAACUCAAAGUCGCGGCGCGACUCGUCAGUGUUACCCGGCGAAAUCAAAGUCUAAACAAAUCGAUAUUUGCAAGUGGCAACACUGAAUCGGAAACCAGGGAUGUGCUAAAUCAUUCGUUCUUUGGUGGCAAAAAAUCUAGUUUUUUGUCGAUGGUUAAGUUUUUCCUGUCAAAGUCAAGGAAUUUUCAAAUUUUGUUAACAUUUAAUUACGGGAAAAAAUAUGAAAAAAUGUAAGUAAUAGAGCCUUAUAUACUUAAUAUUGAUAAUAUUCCUUAAAAUAUAUAUUGUUUAAAAAUUUCUGUUUAAUAAACCUUUUAAAUAAAAUAUUUUUGUAAGUAACUAUAAUAAUGGAAUUGCUAUUAUUGGUUUUGUUCUCAUAUUCCUGUUGUAAAUAGUGUUUUUUUUUUUCAGAAUAAGUUCAGCAUUAUCCUAGACACGAUUGAUAUCCCAGCACCGAAAGGAAAAUAUUAUUAACAGGAACGUGCCAACGGGACCCGAAGUGGAGAUUCAGGAAAAGAAACACACUAGGCAAGCUUGUAGGUUUCAAACGCGGAGCUGUCCCCUUUUCUAAAUUAACUAAGAUGUGAGAAGCGCUUUAGCUUUAAGAACACCACCGAGGAAGUGAACUAUUAAUAAUAACCCUAUAUAAUGGUUAUGGCGUAGUACCUAUCUAAGCUGCCACAGUAACUCUCAAAUAAGUUUCAUAUAGUUUUUCUUGUGCCAAUAAUGGAUGGCAUGUGUGUGUACUGACUACUGUGUAUCUAACUGUAUAUGAUUUGACAAAUUGAUAUGAAAAGCUUAUUUCAUAGUCCUCGAUGAAGUCAUGACCAUAUUUUAUUGUCUUGUUUACAAACCAAUUUUCUUUCCAGGGUGAUAUUUUAUUGUCCUACGCCGCAUGUCGAAGAAAAAGGAAGAGAGAAAAUACUUUUCAAGGGUAAUAAAGAAGAUUCUUACAAUUUCUCUAUAGUGGUUCUAGAUGUUAAUAUAUAUUAGGUUUAAUAAUAAGAAGUCGAAUAUUGCAAGAAUAUAUAGGUAAGGCAAAGCAAUAUACUAUUAAUUUAAAUAUUGUUUUUUUUCUCUCCUGUAUUUUUACCUGAAAAGAAACAAAAAUAAAGUAGGUAGGUAAGUACCUAGAACUCCUAGAAGCCAUGAUUAAUUAGCUCCCCAAGGCCCACUUCAUACCUAAUGCUGACAGCAACGUAUCAUAGCAUGAUCGUAUCAGGCCCUGUCAAACAUGAAGUGAAACAUCUAGAACAUGGGUAUGAUCUAGAGGAGUUUCAAUAUGGUAGACCAUAUGAUAACCGUACCUAUGCUACCUACGCAGACUAUGACAUGAGUGUAACGACUCCUUCAAAAUAUUGUUGGUCGGCUCGGUCCAGUCACGUCACGGUAUGGUGUUGGCAGGGGACGGAAUGGUUUAGUGGGUGAUGACUGAUAGUAUUUCAUACAAAGCAUGAUUUUGAGCCGGACAUGAUCCUGUUAUAGGCACGUAUUACAUCAUUCUGUUACAGUACGAUGCAGCGGGCAAAGGCCACAUGUAGGUAUGUUUUGUUGAAGUCGAGGAAGGUUCCAAACGGUACCUAAAUAGUAAGAGAUUGUUGAAAUUAGACAUCUAACCGUGAUCCUAAAUAUUACUACUAAGACUAUGGCUUACUUAAUAAGUUGGAUAGUUUGUUUUGAACAUUUGUACCUACCCACCUCAUCGGCUUCAUUUAUGUACAAGCAAGCGGGCUCCGUUGUUAGGUUGAUGAAAGUUUUGUGUAAGGAAGUCUUAGGAUUACUUCUACAAACUUACGAACCGAAUUGAAAUUAAAAAAUCCUACAUAUGUACCUAAUUACUUAAUUGAGUACCUACAAGCUAGCUGUUUGAAAUUAAAGUUGUAAACAUGAUGGGUGUGUUGUGGUACUUGUAGGUAUCACCGUGCAUAAUCGAUAUAAGAGUGCGUAAAGCGCAUUUAGUGAUUGUUCCAUACUUCCUUAUUCCUUAGGGCAAUAAGUAAUUAUACAAAUUAUAUUAUUACAUAAUAUAUGAAACUUGUUUUUAAGUUAUAAUUAUCAUGAGUUUAGUUAAAAAAGUACAAGCAAACCACCCGCGAGAGCGAGUCGCGUUAUAAAGUCGCGUAGACUUCGACUCGCGGAUUGACAUAAAGACGAGAGAAUAUUUUGUCUCAAAAUAGGCAGUUGUGCUACGGAUUUUAGUUCAAAGUCGCGAUCGUUGUCAUUUUCUGACAGUGACACCUGAUCGCGAGUUUGUCGCGGCUCUCGCGCGUGAGUUGUGCUGCCAACACGCGACAAGCCGCCAAGUCGCGCCGAUCUGUCACUUCUCACGCCUGUCGCGGCCAGUUGUGCUAGAGGUGCAGUAAGAUGAUUUAGCUUGGUUGAUGAAAAUCAUAAAAAAGGCCUAUACCACAGACAAAGCAUCCUCCAGACUGAGCAUAGUAGCGCUACCCCCUCUGCCACGCAUACGGUAGUUUUACUCCAUGAUCGAGUCGAAAGUGUCUUUGUGUGACGUCCGUGUCUGAACGUACCAAUCACGGCACGGGAUCUUGCUCACUUCGUCCCCCGCACCCCCGUAUUUUUGCCAGCAUCGGUUUCAUGAAAUAAUUGCUCUAAACUCGGUCUAGAGGAUUCCUAGUCUAUGACCUAUGCACACCGAAUGCGUGUUCGUAGACGUGCACGUGCACGUGUGUGCACGCGGCUGGACCAUUUUAGCGCACGUGCACGUCUUCGCAUUCGCACACGCAUACGGUGUGCAUGGGCCUUUAUAUUAUAAAGGUGAAUUGCCACAAAUGUAAAAUGUAAUCCUAGUUCCUAUGUUCUACGUGUCAAAUAAACGUCUAAGUGUUGUCUUAUCAAAAUCAAAUUUUUGUUAAAUACAAAGAUUUCAUUGUAGAAGAUGUGUAAAGUCGAAGGCUAAUUCGCGGAUCGAAUUUGACAUCUCAUGUAACUAGAUGACACUAUGCGACUUCGUACAUUGUGCGGUAACUGGUUGUCAAAAUUUGACCUUUCAGGGGCCCAUUUCUUGACCUAGUAUUAUGUAAUCGUUUGGGUUACCAUAGCAACACUAAUAAUAUUAGUCUCAAUAGUAUCAUACCGUUCGAGAAAUGGGCCCCUGCUGCUUCUAAUAAACCUAACGCAGUACCUAAUACAGUGCCAUCUACAUCUGCCAUCUUUGGGGUUGUGGCGGAUUUUGGCGGCACCGACAAGACAUCCUCCAGACUGAGCAUAGUAGCGCUACCCCCUCUGCCACAAAUAUAGUCGAAAGUGUCUUUGUGUGACAUCCGUGUCUUUCCUUUACGUCGUUCCGUGUCCGUGAACGGACCAAUCACGGCACGGGACUCGCUCACCUCGUCCCCCGCACCCCAAUAUUUUUGGCAGCAUCGGUUUCAUGAAAUAAUUGCUCUAAACUCCGUCUAGAGGAUUCCUAGUCUAUGAGUUGGCCUGGGCCUAGGGCAGCAAAAAAUUAGGGGUGGCAAAUUGUGACAAAAAUUCGCUGAUGAUAACAAGAAAUAGAAUGUAGUCAAUAUGAUGGGUGCUGCGAAAGGGCCUGGGGCCUAAGGCGGCAAAGACUGCAAAUCCACCACUGCUUUGGGGGCAUGAUUUCUUCUUGUAAUUUACACAUCUUAUACAAUAAAUGCAUCUUUGCUUUAAAGAUUAAAACGAAAAUAACUGUUUGCAUGUGUGAUAAAUAUAUUGUAUGUUUUAAUAAACAUUAUUGAAAAUUAA